AUGAAAUUUUUUGCAAUUAAGCUGCUUGAGAGCCUACACCAUGGAAAACAAAGUAGAAUUGUUAUCUCAUUUAUUAUUCUUCCUCUGCUCUUAUUCACUACCAUUUCUGCUCAGACGACUCUGCUUAGACCAGACUUCUAUGCAACAACAUGCCCCAAUGUUGAGUCCAUUGUCCGCUCCGCAGUCCAAACGAAGUUUCAGCAAACCUUUGUCACAGCUCCCGGAACUCUUCGCCUCUUCUUCCAUGAUUGCUUUGUUCGUGUAAGAUUCUAUUCAUUUUGUCAUUUUUGGGGAUGUGAUGCUGUCAGGAGUCGAGACUUAAGCUUCGAAUCCGUGCGAUUUCGGGACUCGGACAUUCACCCUUCCGACGUCUUGGAUCAGCCUGACCGCCACGGUUUAUACUUUUGUGAGAUAUUAUCCACUCUGGCCCCCCUUACCUCACGAUUUUGUCAUACAAAAGGCACCUCACAAGACGAAAAUGAUGUGAACCCUUUUAUACUCCAUGAAAUCAAAGCAAAGGCGGCUCUUGACAGUAAUCCUCAGUGCAGAAACAAAGUCUCAUGUGCAGACAUCCUAGCCCUUGCCACUAGAGAUGUCAUACAAUUGACGGAAGGACCGUUUUAUAAAGUGGAAUUGGGAAGGCGUGACGGGAGGAUAUCCACAAAAGCCAGUGUUCAAAACCAGCUUCCUCACCCUAAUUUUAACUUAGACCAGCUCAAUUCUAUGUUUGCCAGACAUGGUCUCACUCAGACCGAUAUGAUAGCAUUAUCAGGUGCACACACCAUAGGAUUCUCCCAUUGUGGGCGUUUCUCCAACCGAAUCUACAACUUUAGCCCGAGGAACAGGAUCGAUCCUAGUCUUAACUCUGCAUACGCUUUGCAGCUUAGACAAAUGUGCCCAAUAAACGUUGACCCAAGAACUGCCAUCGACAUGGAUCCAAUGACACCUCGGACAUUCGACAAUGCCUACUUCAAGAAUCUUCAGCAAGGAAUGGGUCUCUUCACCUCUGAUCAGACACUAUUUACAGAUCCGAGAUCAAGAAGCACUGUCAAUCUUUUUGCUUCAAGCAAUGCAGCUUUUCAAAAUGCUUUCGUGACUGCUGUUACCAAGCUAGGCCAAGUAGGUGUUUUGGCAGGAAAUAAAGGUGAAAUUCGUCGAGAUUGCACUCAACCGAACUAGGGAAACAGAAUUGUUUCUGCUUUAUUUCCUGUACGUUUGAGUAUUGUCCUGCCCCUUCUUCGUUUAAAAUUAGCAUCUGUCCUGUGAGUGUUGAGUCUGUAAAUAAAAUAAAUAACACUCAUGUUUAUUUCAUAAUUGUUUUACACUAGCAUUGAAUAAUAAA